GGGGCGCCAGUACCUCUCCCGCUGCAAGCCAGAAGCCGGCAAGCACUUUUCCGGGAGUCCCUCACUGCCUAGCGAGCUCUACCCAACUUCUGCGCCGCCCGCCAGACCCGCUGCUCAGAGUCGCUCCUGGCAGGAAGACCGAGAGUCUUCGGGAAGCUGCACGCACCACUUUUGAGGGGCUCCCGAGAAAGGCAGGGACCUGCAGAGGGGUUCCUAGGGAGCUAGGGCAGGGCAGCGGGGUGGGCGGCGCUUCACGAGUACCCACCCAACCCACCUCCCUCCGCAAACAGCAGCCGUCCCCUCGCAGAAGCGGGAGCCUCUGUGUUCCGGAAGACCCUUCGGACCGCACCUGGAGGUACUGGUUUCUCCAGGGAGUGCUGGAGGAGAUGGAGGCUAGCGGCUGGCAGAGAGGACCUGUUUGCUGGCCAGUUUGGAGGUGGGAUGGGGUGGGGAUUGGAGACCGAGAAGCCUGAGAGAGGAGGUUGGUUUCCUCUCCUUCCAAAAAGGAGCCAAGUUGCGGGCGCGGGUGGUGGUGGUGGAGAGGAAUAAGUCAGAGUGUAAACACAAACAACCCCCGAAAGAAGCCAAGAAAAGCGAAGCCAAAAGAAGCAAGCGCAACACUGUUACAAAACUGUCUGGUUUUGUAACAAUUUCCCCGCUGCUGGCCAAUGAGCAGCGUGGUGGCGCGUCACGUGGGCACGUUUUAUAUAACACUUUGCUGAGACAAGACAGUUAUUAGGCGGCGCGGGGCGGCCAGUAUGGAGCUCGCGGAGGCGCAGCAGAGCCCCGUGCGCGGUAGCACCGCGGCCGUGGGAGCUCCGAUUCCUUCCACCCCUCACUCCUGGAUCCGUGUCCUCGGUCCCUAGAUGCCUUUCCCGGAGCAGGUCCCUCUCUCAAUGGAUUCAUUUCACACUGAACGGAUGUUGAGCUUGCCCGCCGUGCUGGGCAGCAACAACUUAGAGCUGGCAGAGUCAGCGGAGCGAGAGGCAGCAGCGGCUGACGUAGACACGGGUCCCCACCCGGAGGCGGCUACAGAGGGUUCCGAGAUGGGAGAGCCUGAGCAAGAGCAGCCUCAGAGGACCUCCUUGACGCCCCCGGAGUGCAAAGUCCUGCUCUCACAGGCCGACGCCUUGGCGUCUGGGGGGCGCCUCCAAGAAGCCCUCGAGAUGUACAGACAGCUCUCGGAGCGGCAGCAGCUGGCGGCUGAGCAGCUGGAGCAGUUGGUCCGCUGCCUGGCAGAGAACGUCCCGCAAGGCGAGGCACAGGCGCCCGCGUCGGCUCCCUCGGACAGGAGCAGCGAGACGGGCUGCACCGUGACAGCGGAAGAGGCAAAGGUGGCCGCAGUUGCGGCCACAGAGGUGUGGGAUGGCUUUAAGUGCCGGAAGUGUCAUGGAUUUUUAUCAGACCCCGUGUCCUUGUCUUGCGGCCACACCUUUUGUAAACUGUGCCUAGAACGUGGGCGGGCAGCUGACCGGCGCUGUGCGCUGUGCGGGGUCAAGCUUUCGGCGUUGAUGGUGGCCACUGGGAGGGCGCGCGGUACCCGGCGGGCUGGGCAGCAGGCGCCACCACCGCUGCGGGUCAACGUGGUGCUCAGCGGCCUCCUCGGCAAGUUGUUUCCGGGCCCGGCGCGGGCGUCGCAACUUCGGCACGAGGGCAACCGGCUGUACCGAGAGCGCCAAGUGGAGGCGGCGCUGCUCAAGUACAAUGAGGCGGUUAGCCUAGCUCCAAAUGACCACUUGCUUUAUAGCAACAGGUCUCAAAUUUAUUUCACCCUGGAAUCUCAUGAGGAUGCACUGCAUGAUGCAGAAAUAGCAUGUAAACUCCGCCCAAUGGGUUUUAAGGCACACUUCAGAAAAGCGCAGGCCUUAGCCACCCUAGGCAAGGUGGAGGAAGCCCUGAGAGAGUUUCUCUACUGUGUAUCCCUUGAUGGAAAGAACAAGAGAGCAAGAUCUGAAGCCCAGAGGCUUCUCCUUAGUUUCUUUUCACCAUCAGUCCCGGGGGAUUCUCAGGAACAUUCUCCCGAUAUCCUGAAGCUGUUGGCACCUCACCUUAGAUUAAAGGAACACGUAGAGUCAAUGGCUACUGAAGGCACCAGCCAUAAUCUACUAAAGUUGUCACAGGAAAAUCCAGAGCUCCCUCAUUGCUCUAAUCAGAAGGAAGCAUCAGCCAGCAGAGAUGGCAGCAGUCUAAUGAACACUGCUAAAGUACGAGCGGAUGGUCAGCAAGACAACAUGAAAGAACAGGAGGAAGAAGAGGAGAAGCAGGACACUGCCUCUGCAGAUACUGCUUCCAUCAAGUCUGGAAAAUGCCAGGAAAAGAAAAGGAAACACUGCCAAAUUGAACUCCGAGAAGACACGGAGGUGUUUAAUAAAGCCUACAAGCAAGAUCUUCCCACCGAUCAGGGGGCCAAAGCUGCUCUCAGUAUUCCACUUGCAUCUUUUGAUGCCUCUGACCUUGAAUGCUCCCUGUGUAUGAGAUUAUUCUAUGAGCCAGUCACAACACCUUGUGGGCACACCUUUUGCUUAAAAUGCCUUGAAAGGUGCCUGGAUCACAAUGCAAAAUGUCCAUUGUGCAAGGAUGGUCUUUCCCAGUGCUUGGCAUCAAGAAAAUACAGCAAAAAUGUAAUAAUGGAAGAGCUAAUAGCUAAAUUCCUUCCAGAAGAACUCAAGGAACGAAGGAGGCUUUAUGAAGAGGAAAUGGAAGAACUCUCUAACUUAAAUAAGAAUGUGCCUAUUUUCGUGUGUACCAUGGCCUAUCCAACCGUUCCUUGUCCCCUGCACAUCUUUGAGCCUUGUUACCGCCUGAUGAUUCGGAGAUGCAUUGAGACAGGCACGAGACAGUUUGGCAUGUGCCUUGGAGAUCCUGUCAAAGGGUUUGCAGAAUAUGGCUGCAUCCUAGAGAUCAGAAAUGUUCAGUUCUUUGCUGAUGGUCGCUCAGUGGUUGACAGCAUAGGCAAGAGGCGCUUCAAGGUGCUCCAUCAGGGCCAGCGGGAUGGCUACAACACUGCCGACAUUGAAUACAUUGAAGAUCAAAAGGUUCAGGGAGAGGAUUGUGCUGAGCUCAUGGGAUUACAUAACUGUGUCUAUGAGCAAGCGUCAUCAUGGUUUCACUCACUCAAAUCAUCUCUGAAGAAUCGAAUACUCAAUCACUUUGGUCCAAUGCCAGAGAAAGAUGCUGAUCCCCAGAUUAACCCGAAUGGCCCAGCCUGGUGCUGGUGGACAUUAGCUGUUCUUCCCUUGGAAAGUCGAGCUCAGCUCCCAUUUCUUGCAAUGAGGUCCUUAAAGGAUAGACUGAAUGGUAUUCGGCGAGUCCUGGCUUUUAUAUCCCGAAACCAAAACUAGUGAGAGUGGAUUGCUGAAGAGAAGCUUCCAUCCUCCCUGCUGCUUUGGGGAGGAGAUCUGCUUGUAAAUAUAUCUAAUUGCAAUAACAUCUUAGCAGAAGAGGUUAUCAAACAGAGGUGUGUUUCCCUACCUUUGAUCACACAGAGAAAUCGAGUAGAAAGACCAAAUGAAUGUGACUUGUUUGAAACUUUCUAUUUUAAGAUGCUUCUUGACAUGCUGUACAACUACAUAGACUGUAGUGGUGUUUAAGAGUCUAGGAAAAAAAUCUGAUUUUAACAUGAGAUUUUCUGGAAGUUUAACAUGAUCUUUCUUUAGUUUUUCUUUCUUUCAUAGGUGAAUGACUGUGUGGUUGAAAUGUGAAGCAAAGAUACUAAUAAUGUUGCUGCAUUAUUUCACUGACUUGAGUUCUCAUUCCAAAUGGUUGAGGUUUUAUAGAGUAUUGUGUAAAAUAAUGUUCAUACUUCUUUCUGUUUUAAUAAUUUAUUUUUUGCACUACUGUAUCCUUUUUUUCUACAUGUAUGUCUGUAACUAUUUAAGUGCUGAAAAGUCCAUUGCUUUAUUUAUUGAUGUGGUUUACCAUGUACCUAGGGGGAAUCACAAUACUAGAAAUGUGCAAUUUUUGCUUUGAAAACUUUUUACUACAUUGAUCCCAGUUCUUGAACUGUUUCUAUGUCUACCCUAGUAGAAGUUUAAAAGGACUUCAGAAUGAUGCUAAGAUCAUCCAUCUUCAGAUUCUACUUUUCUAGUUUUAAUUAAAUAACAUGAAAUACUUAAGCGAUUUGGCAUAGAUUAUGGGGUAUGCAAAGGUAAAGUAAAAUAAUUAAUUUUCUUUGUGUAAUACAGACCAAGGCUGAAAGAAUUAUUGUUCUAGAGCCAUAAUCAGAGAGUGUCUUUAAUUAAAACAUACUAUGGGCAUUUAUUUCAGCAAUCUGACUAGAAGUGAUGGCUUUCAAAAGUAUAGCAGGUCACAGCUAUUCCCAGCCAGCCUGCACACUCCAUGUCUUCUCCGUGUGCUGAGGAUGAAGACCUGUGCUGAAACACUUGAUGAAGGACUAUUUGUUAUUAAAACUGUAAAGAAUCCAGGUAGGUAGGACCCUUUAAAAAUCCAGUAUUUUAAAAUAACCUGACAAUCUAUGGUUUUAUCAAAACACUGCCUUUCCUUCUAGUUACAGUGGGCCAAAGAUUUCAAUAUAGGGGAAGAAAAAGGAAGUAAAAGUAAGCAUUAUUUAGCUUGCUUAGUGCUACUUUGAUUCCUUUCAUAUCCAAAGAAUCUGAAAAAUACCAUGAGUAUAGGAGAGUCAUAAUGUCAGAGUGAAAAGAUUAGGGCCAGGAAGAAGUGAGUUGUGGCAUUUGUACCUUCAUGUAGAUUACCCUCCCUUGUGUGAUUCUGGCUAGGUGUGCUAUCCACUGGAAGCUAGCCCACUCUGUUAAGGUGAGAGAGUUGUACUUCAAGUAAUUACAGUAAGCCCCUGACUUAUGAAUGAGUUCUGUUCAAGAAUUGUUCAUAAGUUGGAUCUGUUUGUAACCAACAAAAUGAGUCUCAUACAGUACACCUGUCAAAGUUUGCAACUUGAAUGAUCGUAAGUCAAGGACUUAAUGUAGUCUGACUUCUAUACCACCAGUGGCCAGAAAUAGGAAUAGGCAAAUGAGAUGAUCCAGAUAAUAUUUAAGAGACUCGUGUAAGCAGAAAGCACACUAUCUUCUCACUUCUUAGUGGAUGUUGAGUUGGCAGUGCGUUAUGUUAACAGGUUUAAUGCCUGGAAUAUACUGGGCUGGAGAAGAAUGCAAGUAGAGUAGAUGGAGUGGAAGGACCUGUCUGCCCAGGAAAACUCUACAAGGCUUAGGGUACAGGAAAUUAGAGCCCCUUUGCCCAUCCCCAACCGUGUGUAUAUAAUCUUGGUACAACAAUUUCUUAUAGUGUAAAAUCAACAAAGAAGAGGUUGUAAACUUCUCCAUUUAUUAAAUGUGUUGCUUUGACAAGCGAUUUAACUUUGGCUGAGCCAGUUUCCUCAUCAGUGAAAUGGUAGUGAGAAAUAUUGCACAUAGGGUUGUUAUGAACAUUAAAUAUGUCUGAAAUCCCUUAUCACGGUGGCUUGACUAGAGGAGAUAUUCAACACAUCAGAGUUGGUCAUAGUUACAGAAUAGCCUCAAAAGCUAUAUUUGCAAAAACAUUGCCUUUACACACAGCAAUUACAACCCCCUUAAACUUGGUUGGGGGAAUCUGUACCACUGAUUUUUGAUCAUAACUUGAUGGCUUACAGGUGAUUCCUUUUUGGAUUUAUUCUGUUUGGGAAAAUGAAAAGAGAACAAAUGAAGGUCAGAGGUAGGGACUAGUACUAUGCCAGCAAAUGGUUUCCUGUUUUGGUAACUGCUAAAAAGCAGUGUUCCUUGGAAAUCUAGCUUCUCUGAUAGAAUGGAAGCCUUAAAUUCUAACUUCAUUAGAAUAACAAAAUCAUCACUUCUGGUUCUCCAAAAUGUAUGAAGAAUCUCACCCAUACCAGGAUGAUUGGAUUUCAUAAUCUCUGACUUUUGUGCUUAGUUCAUAAAUGGUGAAUUGUAUUUCUUCAUGCUGCCCAAAAUAACAGACACAAAAAAUGUAUUGAGAUCUUACCAUGUACCAAAUACGAAACAAGAUGAUCUCUCAUAACUGAGUUUAUUAAGUCACUUAUUUCUUAGAAAGUAAUUAUUAUUCCCAUAUAAUGGAUGAGAAAACUGAAGCUCAGGAAUGAUGAGUACUUUGUCCAGGUCAUCUAGUAAGUAGUCAAGCUUGAUUUUGAAUGCUUUACUUUGCAGAUUUAAAAAAUUUUAAAUCUUUAUUGUGUUACACAUAAUUUUAUUUAACAGACACAGCAGUCAAAUCACAAAAGCACCCCAGAAGCUCCAAAUGGGAAGAUUCAGAUGAAGUAAAAUUCACUUAUCCAGCACAUCGCUACUAAGUCAAAAAAGAAAAUUUGAUUUCUUAAUAAUAUUUCAUGUCAUAGAAUGCCCCUUGCUAAGGGAGCACUCAACUCCAGCACAUGUAGGUCCUGGUUAGGCAGAAUUGCACUUUACUCCCAGUAGCCUAGAUAUGCAGUUGGGUUGUUUUACAGUAAGCUUAUGUAAUGGCAGGAGGCAGGCUAAACCUUGGCUGUCUUUGGGUUGUACUUGAACAGAAUCAUCGAUUGGACUUGACCAUUUUUACCACUUCUAAAUUGGUUUUGUUGCCCAGCUCAGAAAUAAAGGAAGAAUGUAUAGAGAAAAGACAUAAAUCUAAAAUCUACCCUAGAAAAACAUAUCUUCCCCCUUGAUAGAUAGUGUCACUUGUUGGGUUGGUUUUCCUGUCCAUUGUGACUGACUAGGUCUUUUUUUAGUAGGUUAUUUUCUGUAUGUAUGUGUACGUGUGUGUACACAUAUAUACCCGCAUACAUGUACCAGGUUGCAAGCAGACGUCAUGCCUUUCUGCUUUGUACCGCACUACUGCUGCUAGCUAAUAACCAGCAAAAUGUAGAAAAUGAAAAAUGAAGAAAUUAAUUUUCUGCAGACAACUUGGAAACAAGAGCGCAUACCCCUGACUUAGUGGGGCAUAAAACUGACUAUUUCAACAGCUAGCCUUUUCUGAAGGCUAACUGCUUCUAGCCCAGUGCUGCCUCUGCAGCAGGGUCAAGUGAAGUCAUUGCGCAUCUGGCACUUCCAGCUCUGCUGGUGAAGCUAGCCUGGGCUCAGAUAAUCCCCUGUGAUGGCUGUGGGAGCAGCAGAGCUCUGAGGCCAGUUCACAGCAACCAGAGGUCUCUUACUAUCAACAGAUUGCAUACUGUUGAUGGACUGCAAUCCACUGGGGACUGUGUUGCCCCUGCCAACUCCAUUUCCAACAGGAGUAUUUUAUUCAGGGACUCCUUCCUCAAGUUCCCAACCUGUUGACUUUGCAUCCAUUUCUACUCACCUCAUAGCAGAAGUAUAUGACAAAUAUGUCAGUGGAAGGCAGACCAAAUACUGAGAAAGGGCCAGUUCUCAGCCUACUCUUGGGCCUGAUGAGUGAGAUUUUAGUUCAAGAUUAAAGACAAUUCUGAAAAGCAGCCAGCUUCAGGGGCUCCACUUUGUCCCAUUUCUAAGUGCAGAGAGAAGGAAGGUAAAGGAGCCAUGUAAAAUGUAGGCAUUCAAUCCAUUUUAGAGUGAACUCCACUUAUCACAGUUUCACUUUAAUAAUCUGGAUUGGGCGCAUCCAGAUGUGAGAUGAGAUUUUCACUUACAAGUGGGUUUUUUCAAACAUGUUAAUUUAACCUCCAGAGAGAAGUGCCUGUAAUCUUUGUUCCUGGUGUUACUUUAAAGCUUUGCUAUUCAUGACUCUGUAGCUGUUUAAAAAACUUUCCACAGCAAAUGUGAUUAACUGUUUACAAAGCAACACUGUAGCUUAUGCAUCACUUUAAAAGUUGAUUAACCAUCUAUUGUUAAAGCAAUGACAAUAAACAACAAUGAAAUAAAAAGAGAGCAAGUAGCUUAACAUGGCACCAUCAGCUUAUCUUAAGUAAACUAGUUUUGUCAUUGUAUGCAGUUCUCAGUAAUGCCAGGAUUAAAAUGUCAAGCAAGCUACUUAAACAGUGGCAGCUGUGGAUGUGUGCUUGUUUUCCAUUUGUUUGUCAAGCAGUCAUUUUACUCUUGCACUGUAAUGAAGGGAAAUUAAGAUAUUGCUCCCCUAUAUUGCUAUUCAACUACCUCUAUAUGCUUGAUUUCUUUUUAGGGGUUCCCUUCUUCCAAGUCUGUAUAAAAAAGUUUCAGCUCAUCUACAUUGUAAUAGCAAUGUAAUAUAGACAGUUUUUGUGAAAGUUGUUUGUUCAUUAAAAAAAAGUUUCCUAUUGUC